GAAAUGGCUUAUAAAAUGGAUGGCGCAAAGGCAGAAGUAUUCAGUGUUUGAGAUACCAAGAUGGGCGCCUUUAAGAAUUCCCUGCUGCUGCUGACGCUUCUGCUGGCCAUCCAUCUGGAGGCCUCCAAGAUAGUCUACAAGAAGCCGCUCUACGGCAAUGGCAACCUCAUCAAGGACAAGCGUGUGAAGACGAAGCCUGUCAAACUGGAAACCAGCACCAUGAGCAGCACCACCAGCAGCAGCACAGCAGCCGCAGAGGAUUGGCCCACGGCCGUUGAGUUUGUGAUCAUGACAACGCCCGCCAGCGAGUUGGAAGCCAGCUCGGAAUCCAUUGCUAACAAUGCCACCACAGAAUCGACCGUUGGCGAGGCCCCGCUCACCGGAACGUCGGAAGGAUCCACACGAUCGAUAGAGCCAACCACGAGUCCGCUGAGCACAACCCCCAGUCUGGUUAGCACCAUUCCCUUGCCACCGACACCGGGACUACCUGCAGCUCCCCAGGAUAAUCAGCCAGUGCCGUGCACCUGCGGCGUGUUCCUCUCCUCGCAAAUCCCCAAUGGCCUGCCGACGAAGCCACUAAUCCACCAGGAGCUGGAUCACAUGUUCCCCUGCAACGCCAUCGGUCGCAAGCAGUGUCAAACCAAAUGCCUAGAGACGAUCGUGCAACACCUGCCGAAUUCCGCAAAUAUAGUGUGCUCCGCACUGGGUCACGAUUGCCACAAGGAGCGGGCCUAUUUGUUCAUCAAGAACUGUCACAACCAAUGGGUUAAUACGAACCUGCAGGCGGGCAGGGAGUACUGUUGUCGCUCUGGCGUUCCCUACCGCUGCCCUUUGAUGGGUUAAGCACUCUGCAAGUGAAAUAAAUAUUUGAUAUGACAAAAUUUCAA